AUGACUUCACAGGAAGGGGAGCCGGCAGUGGAACAGGGUGCCACCGUCAUUGUCGCUGAACUGCUCAUCCCGGGCCGCGGUGACCCCAUCAAGAACGCCGCCGUUAUUGUCGAGGACGGCAAGAUAGUCCAUGUCGGCAAGUCGGACAAGCUCCCGGAAAAGUACCGCUCAGUUAAGCCGGUUCAAGUCCCGGUCGUCAUGCCCGGUCUGUGGGAUGUGCACACCCACUUUCUCGGCAUUGACGUGGUGACUGGGAUUGAUACCGGCCUGUUCGACGUCUUGCCUGGAUCCAAUGCCCUUAUUGGCGCGGUCAUCGUCCAAGACCUGGAGGAGACCCUGAUGGCGGGAUACACCUCUGUCCGAGAGCUCGCCGGGUACGCUGGCGACCUGGUCCCCGCCAUCGAAAAGGGACGUCUUGUGGGGCCCAACGUGUAUUCUUCCAUCGCCGCCAUGUCCAUCACCGGAGGCCACGGAGACCAGCACUCGCUCCCCAUCCAAACGAUGCAGAGAUUCGCCGAGUGUGGUGGCCCCUGCUCCAUCGUUGACGGCGCGGACGACUGCACCAAGGCCGUGAGGCUGCUCGUCCGCCGAGGGGCGCGCUGCAUCAAGGUCUGCUCCAGCGGCGGCGUCCUGAGUCUGUUGGAUGACCCGGAGGACAGGCAGUUCUCGGACGAGGAGCUCAAGGCCAUUGUUGACGAGGCGGGCCGCAGUCGUCGCGCAGUCGGUGCUCAUGCCAUCGGGAAGGCGGGCAUCAUGGCCGCGCUCAGGGCAGGCGUCAAGAGCAUCGAGCACGGCAUAUACCUCGACGACGAGGUGGCCGACGCAAUGCUUGAAAAGGGCGCCAUCUUCGUCCCGACUCACCACGCCGUGACCGCCGUCGGCGGCGAUCCAUCACAGCUGCCGCCCCCCAUCGCGCGUAAGAUUGAGAAGCUAAUGCAAAAGGCAAAGGAUUCGUAUCAGUUGGCCAUAAAGAGAGGCAUCAAGAUCGCGCUCGGAACGGACAGCCUCAGCAGCGACCGCACGAAGGGCAUCUCGCACGGCAACAACGCCAUGGAGCUGUACUGGGCGGUGAAGAACGGCAUGACGCCGCUGCAGGCCAUCGAAGCGGGCACCGCGAACGGCCCAGAGGUUCUCGGAGGGAUGGCGCCCCUAAGCGGGCAACUCAGGGAGGGAUAUGACGCGGACUUGAUCGCUGUCGCGAAGAACCCUCUGGAUGACAUCGAGGUUCUGGUGAAGAAGGAGAAUAUCACCCACGUCUGGAAAGGGGGUCAGUUGUUCAAGUCCCCCUAG